AUGGUUUUCUCAGCUCUCAACGCUCUAUUUCUAGUCCUCAGUGCGCCACUGUCGUCCCAUGGCGUCGCCGUCAACCACUUCAACCUUGGGGCACGGGCGUUGGCAGCCCUCGGCGGUGGGGUCCCGUUGCGCAUCAUGCCCCUCGGCGCAUCCAUCACGUGGGGACAGGCUUCAUCUGACGGCAAUGGAUACCGAGACGCCCUGCGAACGCAGCUGACGAGCGCCGGAAACCCCGUCAACAUGGUCGGGAGCAGACAGCACGGCAACAUGAGGGAUAACGACGUCGAGGGCUGGCCGGGGUUCCGCAUCGAGCAGGUGCACCAAAAAGCGGCCACUUCGGUGCCCCAAUGGAAGCCCAACGUCAUCCUGGUGAACGCCGGCACCAACGACGCCCUCCAAAACAAGAACAUCAGCUCCGCCGGCGAGCGCAUGGAGUCCAUGCUCAACGAUCUGUACGGCUGGAGCCCCCGGGCUGUCAUCUUUUUGAGCACCCUCAUUGUCAAUAGGAACGGCAAUGCGGAGAGGGACGCCGUGGCAAUCAACGUGCAGUUGACGUCCGUAGCACAAAAGCUCCAGGCCGCAGGUCGCAGGCUGCUCUUGGUCAACAUGCGCGGAGACACGGGGCCCCAGCUGGGUGACUUGGCCGACGACACACAUCCAAGCGACGUGGGCUACAGGAAAAUGGCCAACAUCUGGCUGACCGCUCUGCUCGAGGCCAGCGACGCGGGUUUUCUCCAGAGACCAGAGGCUGCAUCCAUCAGCAUUCCGGACGAUGGAGGGUCUUAG